AUGCGUGUAGCUCCGGCAGUUUCUGAUGAUCCUGACACGGCCGAUAAGUUUAUUGAACGGCGACUACGGUGAAUUUUUUUUUUUGAAUUUUCAAAAAGUCCUUAUCAAUUCGGAAGAAUGGUCUUGAUACGUGGUAUCCAACUUUUUUUGAACGAUACUGUUCGAGCUUAUUUUUUUUCCGAGUUUUUUUUGUUUUUGUGGAUUGAAUUGGUUGUCAUCGGAAUGAUAGCAGGGCGGGAAAAUCGCGGUUUUUUUUUUGGCUUGUGCCACAUUUUCAGUUUAGCAGAUUCACGGCUAGGACGCUAAAAGGCGUGGCCUGUCUGCGAUCUCCAUCAGCCAGACAGUGUCUCUUUUCUUUUCGUGUCGGGACCCAUUUUUCGAUGGUUCAACCCAGACGUGAAUCAGCUAUACAUCAAUAAUAGCUUGAAAAAUUUUCCAGAGAAUCGAAACUAUAAAAGCUAAUCAACCUUUCUAUUAGGUCUUUUUGAACUCAUCAUAUUGGUGAAUUAUGCCUUUUUAUUGAAGCAACCCAUUCAGAAAGUACCAUAUCGGGAUUCUGGUCCUCUCCGCCGUCACAGUCGUCUUCUUCGUCUGGGCGAUCGCAGCGACGACGAUCGACUGGGCGUCGUCGGCGGCUUCAGAUGGCCUCCACGUCACCUUGCAGACGACUGCUCGGCGCUUCGACAAGGCGGCUGUCGCGAGCGACAGCGAGUUGUGUAGUGAAAUUGCCAGGUGCUGGUCAUUUUUUGAUUCUCGCUAUAGAUGUUUCGCUCUUAAAGUAUACGAGAACAUCUACCUUUUCUAACGGCUUGCAGAAGCGCGAAAUGAGGUUUCACAUUUCAUGAUCUUUUUUCGCAGAAACGUGAUAAUGGAAGGUGGAAAUGCGGUGGAAGCCGCCAUUUCGGCCGUUUUCUGCAAUGGCGUGGUCAAUCCCUACGCCACUGGCAUCGGUGGAGGCGGUUUCUUCGUUCUCUACCGGAAGUUUAUCAUUUGAAUGAAAAGUUCCAUCUUUUCAAGUCUUCAGGGAACAGAAAAAGUGUGUUUUUAUAAAUUCUCGAGAGACGGCCCCCGCCGCCGCAACACAGAACAUGUUCGUGGCGGACAAGGCUUCAGCUCAACUUGGUUAUUUUUUCAUUAAUUAAUCAGAGAGUCCUUGAAGAAUUGUAGUCGCUAUGCUAAAAACGAUCGAGACGUGAUUUUUUGAUUUUUGAUAGCUUGUAGAAGGAAAUGGAGCAAUUUUUGAAGUCCUGUAGUGAUCAUUUGGAAGUUUGAUAUGAAAAAAAAGCUCAUUAGAUCACUUUUUACGAUCAUCCUCUUCUUCAAAUCAAUCGGCCCUUUUUGAAAAUCUGUACAAAUAUUUUCUAAGGACAUCUUGCCGCUGGCGUACCUGGGGAAUUGCACGGUCUUUGGACGGCUUAUACUCGUUAUGGGUCCGGUGUAAGUUUGAUGAGAAUUUUAUGAGUAAAUUCUCAAGAAAUAUUCCUCCAUAGGUCAGGCUUUCAAUAACCCAAAGCACUGCAAAUUUGAGAGAAAUUAAACUUGGGGAAAAGUUCGGAAGUUCUGCUUUCGGUCCCUUAAAAGGCGUUUGGAAGGUUUCGACCAAACGCCUUCCAUAUAGCUUCCCAACGCCCCCUGCUUACCUGAAGCCUUCUGGAAGCUUGCCGGAAGUAUUCUAGAGGCUGUCCGAAUUUUUAAAAUUUUUUUCACCUCACAAGAAACUUCUGAGAACCUUCCAAAGGCCGUCAAUCGAAAAACAGCUCUGCCGAUUCUGUCGAUUUUUAGAGCGUCUUGCUGAAAAUGUUCAACCUGUAGCCCUUUUCGAUUUCCUAAAUCCGAAUAUAUGCUGUUUACAUCAGUAUAGCUAAUCCACGGCUGGCUCGGGCCAUUGAAAAAAGGGUCUUGACACGAUGAUGCACGAGACAGUGUCUGGCUCGUAGAGAGCGCAGACAGGACACGCCCCCUUAGCGUCUUAUUUUAAUCACAUAAUUUCAUCCUCUUAAUGUUACAUGAAUAAUUUCGACACUCGCUCCUUCAAAAUUAAGCUGGCCGUGAAUCAGCUAUAGCUACGUUAUCAUAACGUACCAUUUUUAUCUUUGUGUAAAUUUUACCUUCCGAAUGAGGUAAAGCCCUAGAGUUCAUAGCAGAAAAGUGAACACACCAGAUUUUUUUUGAGGUGCUUCCGUGGUCGAGGCUUGUCCAACCGUCAGCCGUCCUUGCCCGAGGAUAUCCCUGUACCCAAGCCGCAGCCGAUUAUUUCGACCGAAUCGCAAAUCUCGACGAAAAUCCCGCUGUAGGACCCAUAAAGUCGGCUGAAAAUGAACAAAAAAUGAACCAAUCAGCUGAAAAAUGUGUCCAGGAAACUGUUCACCAACCCUCUGACCGGUGACUACUACAAAACGGGGGAUAUUAUCGUGAACAAGGCCCUGGCCAAGACUUUGGAAACGAUCGCCGAUGCGGAGAACCCCGUGGAACUGUUUUAUAAAGGUUUACAAGGAUUUUUCAUUUUUAGGAAUUUUAGAGUCAUCCCUAUAGGGGUUCGGGGGAAGAUCAGUCCCUCUAAAGGUUGAAAAAGUGGCCUCUAUAGGGGUCUUUCAAUUUUAUUCAAAAAAACGCCUAUUUAUUUCGUUGUAGAUUUCAUAAAAAAACAUCGAUCCGCACCUUCCCUAUAGGGGCCACUAACAAAAAAACCCCAUUGGGACCACUUUUGCAAGCUUUAUUGCAUAGGGGUUUCUGAAGUGUUCCCAAGAUGGGUCCCUCCAAGGACCCCUAAAGUUGCCCCUAUAGGGGUCACUCUGGAGUUCCUAAGUGUCUCAAAAAUUGAAAUUUUUGAAAUUUCACAUGCAAAAGACUGAUCAGCGAAAAAUCGAAAAAAUUCAAUUUCUAUCUUCAAAAAUCAUACUUUGAUUCAGAAUGCACACGAGAAAUUGUGAUAGAAAAAUAUCCAAUUUUUCAAUUUUUUCAAGCAUUUCUUUGGUAUCAUAAUUUUAAUUUUGAGGCUAAAUUUUCAGGAAUCGCAAACAUUUUUUCCAAUGAGUGAUAUGUUCUUUCCAGUUUUAGAAUCUCAAUAAUCUCCAAAAACUUGUAGGGGAGUUCGCCAAAGAAUUGGUCAUGGAGAUGGAAAUGAACGGCGGAAUAAUCACUGCUGACGACCUUGCAAAUUAUCAAAGUGAUGUGACCGGUUAUUUUACACUUUUUCAUUCAUAUAAUGACUUUGAGAGCUUCAGAAACACUUUACUCGGAAAUUGGAGGCUUGAAAAUGUGUGGCCCUCCACCGCCCUCCUCCUGGGCCAUUACUCAACUCGUGCCGAAAAUUAUUGAAGGUGGGGCUCCCAAAAGGAAGACUUUACACUCCGGAAUACUUCUCUCAAACCACUAUCGAUGUUUUAAAUUAAGUUCCUGAAAAUCCUAUUUUGGGAAGUGCCGCCUUGGAGUCGAAGAAAACCAUGAAAACCAAGGGUUUCAGCUCAUUUUCCUUGAAAAACAGUUGAGCUGAAACUUUUAAAAUCAAGAAAUUCCCAAAAGCAAAGUGAGAUCUUCCUUUUUGGAAAGUCCUCUAAGCUAUCCCAAAUCCUCACAAGGAAGGUCAUUUCCCUUUGAGGUUGUGAAUUUUCUGAAAAUUUGGUAGAAGUUUAUGUACCAAAAACGGAUUCUGUAAGUCUCAAACUGUACAGUUUUCAAGUUUCCGACACCUUAAAGUUGGAGAAAAUCUCAAAGUCCGUCCAAAUAAGCCUUUUUGAGGCUUUGAGGCCUUAUUUCUCGAAAACUAGGAAGUUUAGCAUGCUUAACUCUUCAGGACCUCGUUCUGAUACAUAAAUGAGUAUUGUGGCCGAUUUUUGAAAAAUUCCCAGUGACCUUCCUUGUCAAAAGCUCUUCAAAACCAUCCCGGUUCCCCAGAAUUGUACAAGCCAGAGUCAAUCCUCAAAACCCGUCCAAAUAAGCCUUUUUGAGCCUUUGAGGUCUUGUUCCUUGAAAACUGGGGAGUUUUGAAGGUUGGGGCUCUCAGGAACUUUUCGGGAUACAUAAAGGUUUUUUCUGGCCAGUUUUCUGGAAAUUCCAAGCUGGAAAGUCGAAGUUCUUUCCUUAAGAGGAAAAAAAAACAGAAGGGUUUUCGAAAAAGUAUAAUUCCCAGUGAAUGACCUUCCUUGUCAGAAGCUCUUCUAAACUAUCCCGAUUCUUCAGAAUUGUACAUCGGCAAGCAAAUCUUCAACGACGCCGAGUUCUACCAUCAGUUGAUCGAAGCUCAAAAAAUUGCUUUCGGACUCCGCGGACAGCUCGGAGACGCUCGAUUCAGUGACUAUUCUCUUCAGUUGGCCAGAAACUUGACGUUGAGGUGAUUUUUGAUAUGGUUUGAAUUGUAGGACAUGUUAGGAUUUUCCGAUUCUGACAAGAUAACGGGAAAGAUACUCUACUUAAUAUCCUUUUCUUCAGAACCUUUGCGAAGCAACUUCGGAAAAAAGUUCAAGACGUCUCCCAGGAAAGCAGUUAUUAUGCAGCUUCUGGUAUCACCCUCGAAUAAAAAAUAAAUACUUUCAAAAAUCCGAAGGUCCUGUUCCUAACGACUUUGGAACAUCUCACAUCAGUGUGGUCGAUGAUGACGGCGAUGCCGUCGCCACAACUUCCACCAUAAACAUGGCGUGGGUGUUCCAGGAAAUAUAUAAAUUUUUUUCUAAGGUUUGGAUCGAAAAUUCUAUCGCCGCUGGGCUUCAUUUGGAACAACCAGAUGGACGAUUUCUCCACUCCUGGCCUUACGAAUCAUUGGGGAUUCCAGCCAACAGAAGUGAAUAUACUGACUUGAAAGAGACUUCUCUGCGCCCUCUCAUGUAGACAUGCUAUUUUUAUGUUCCUCUGACCUCGCCGGUGAGGGAACAGAGAGACGCAGACAGUCGAAAACUUGGGGAGUGAGCCAUAGAGAACUGUUGAGACGGAAGCGAGAGAUCAACGGCGCCCUGAAGAGAGACCAGAGAAUAAGAGGCUCUCUGCUUCUUUCGCCUCUCUUCAGACCGGCGCUGCUCUCUCACAUCCAUAUUUCGGCUCUUUUCCAUAAAUUAUACUAACAAAUUAAUGAAAAUUGAGGCCAACUAUAUAAAACCUGGACGGCGGCCGAUGAGCAGUAUGAGUCCCACAAUUAUUUUUCACCCGGAUUCUGGAGAAGUUGACCUCGAAAGAAUUUUGUCGCAAUAUUGCGUUUUAAGGUCAAAAUGGUGACUGGAGCCUCGGGAGGCUCGAAAAUUAUCAGCGCAGUGGCUCAAACGAUCACCCGCGGAGCGUUGCUUUAUCAGAACGCGGCUGAAAUUGGUAAAUAUCAUAUUUUUUUGUUUUUUUUUCGAUGAAAGUAUUUUUGAUAUAAAAAAUGGUCAAAGGUUUGGAACUUUCCUUUGAAACUCACCAAAGUUGAUAAUUUGGAGAGACUUUUUGAAAAAUUCAAAAAGAACUUAAUCAUGUUUCUAAAUGAUGACUAAGCUAUGUCAAUGACGUUUUGAGGUAUAUUCAUUUGGAUUUUUCAAACUCGGAAUUUUUUUAAGGAACUAUUCGGCCCAUAUGGGCAUUCAAAAUUGGUCCUAGAAAAAGUCGUUAACUUGAAAAAAAUGGUAUAAAAAGAUACAAAAAAAUUAGUUUUAAUUCCAGAGAAAAAGGCAUUUACAAAAAAAUAAACUUGAAGCUUGUAAAAAAAGGUCUGCCCAUGUUUUUUUAUUUGGAUGGGUUAUCAUCAUUUUUUUCAUUGUUCCAGGAGCCUGUUUUAUUUCGAAACAAUAUCUUCUUAAUUUUUUUUCUUUUUUUCCGAAUCAAAUUAUGAUAAUUUUUUUCUGAUUAGAAAAAAAGAAGCUAAACAUUCCCUUUGGCCUUAUUUCUAGGUAGUUUUUUGUUAUUUUAUCGAAAAUUUUUGUGAGGAUUUCACGAAGUAUUCAUACCAAAACAUUAAGAUCAGUUGUGACAGCCUCUCAGAACAGAAAACCGAUUCGAAAACGGUUCAGAAAUGCGCAAAAUGAAUUAAAAAGAGACCGUGCGGCAGCGGGUAACCGUGAGAUUUUGCCUCCAGUUGAACGCCGCCCGCUCUACUUUUUUGGCCAUAGCUUUUUUCUUAGUGGACUUUUUUUUUCAAAAACUGAACGGAUUAUGAAAAUUGACAAGCUCCUCUAUCGAAUAGUGUGAAAAACAUUUUUUUUGGACCGUUUUGAAAAAAUAGCUUGCGGUCCCUAACUACAUGGACUCUUUUUUUUCGACAAAAUUUGCGAUUUAUUUUCUGACCAGGGUUCAUAGAGAUGUCCUUCCUUCAAAUAGAGACGAAAUUUUCACGAUUUUUUCGAGAUAGCGUAAUAAAUUCCGAGUAAAGAGCUCAAAAAUCGCAAUAUCGACCCCAAAAAUCGACCUUUUUGUCUCAAAAUCGUCUCGAAAAAAGUUUUGGUCUCGGGAGAUUUAGAAAUUUUGAGACACAAUCUCGAAAAACCCUUUUCAGUUGACAAUGCAAAGUUCAAAAUGGCCAUCAUAGAGUGAAAAAUUAAACUGUUUUUCAGAAAUUGAGAUAAAAUUUAUAAUUCCGCGUAAAAUACUUUGAACGCGGCGAGAGCGCCGAGGUGCAUGCACACGACACAUCACAUUUUACGAAAAAAAAUAUGGGGACGUUGCAACGUCCCCAUAUAUCAACGUUGAGGACGUAUAAUUUUUCUUGCUUUUCAGUCAGUGCGGCGCGGGUUCACAAUCAACUGUCGCCGUAUGACACGGAAAUUGAGAGAGGAUUUCUCAAGGUUAUUUUUUUGUUAUAUCAAAACUAGAAUGGGACAUUAAUGAAAAAUGAUAAUGUAUUUCCGUAUUUUCAGAGUAUCAUUGAGACGCUCGAGGAGCAGUACAAGCAGAAGAUUGAUUUGACGGUAAUUUAUUUUCAGUCUGUUCCUAUUUUGAAUGUCAUAGCGUCAAGCUCCGCCCCUGAUGUCUCGAUAAACCAUCAGAGAACGAGAGCAUUUUCGAAUAACAGCGUUGUACUUGAAACGCAAAAUCUGAACGGACCACAGUGAAAAAUAAUCAAUAAUUGAGUUUCAGGAAGAGCCAUUGGGAGUUUCGCACGUGAUAACUCGAAACGACGACGGCUCUUGGACGGCGGCCGUCGAUGCGCGAAGAAAAACCAAUUCUGGGCCCGCCGGAUGGUGA